AUAAUUUUUUGCAAAUUUAUUUUUAAUAAAAAAUAUUUUGUGGUGCAUGACUCAAUAAAAUUGAGAACCGCGAGCCCUAGGGCCUUAUCCAUAGGUAUUAUAUCCAUCCUUUGGAUUUCAUAAUGUAUUUAUUUAUGUAAAACAUUUAGUCAACUUUUAAAGAUUUUUAACCAUUGUAUUUUUGUGUAGGUCAGCAUGUCUAAAUAUAACUUUUACCAAGAAAAAAUUCUCACUAAAUUUACACAUAUAUGUACAUAAUAAUUUUUUAAUUCUAAUUCUACUUUAAAUUUACCAUACCUUUGGUAAAUUAUAAUAAUUUACCAUACUAAGCCGGCCCUGCAUGCAACCUUUUUGUCAGUGCAACUAUAAUUUUGGUGAUAAACGCCAGAAGUACGCGAGACUUUUCUCAGUGUACUAUGUAUUGUCGUAACUGUCAAGUGUGAUUGUGCUUAAACUACUUAAACUAGAAGAAGAAAUACACAUAACCUGCAAAUUUCAAAUUUAAACGGUUUUUGAAUUGAAACAACAAUAAAAGUAAGACAAAUCUGAACCUAAAUCAAAUUCAAAUCUCAAGAAAUGGCUGGUUAUAAAAAGGCGUACACGAUUGAUGAAGAUAAUAAGUGUCUACAAUUAAUAACUGCCACAAAAAGUUAUUAUUAUCUAAGGGGCAGAGCAGUUUGGCAGGACUUGGUCACUCUUGGACAUUUUGACGAAUGCCGAACAUGGAUGAGUCUUCAAAAUAGAUUCGAAAAAAGUAUUCUACCAAAUAUUAUGAAACGAUGCUACUCGAUCAGCGAACUAGAAAAGCAGAAGAUAGUUUUAGCCUGGUGGCAGACCGGCCAAGAUUAUGACAGUGACAGUGACAGUGAUGAAGACGACUCGGACUAAAAUUUAAGGAUUAAAGAAGGGAUUUAAGUGGAGGCCAAUAAUUUCAAUAUAAUUUCGUUUUAGAAAUUGUAGCUUUAGGCGAGUCAAUAGAGAACGAAACCAUGAAAAAUUCAAACAAGCUUAUAUUUUUCUAAAACUUUUUUUGUUCAAUAGGUAUAGUACGUCCACUCUAACUUUUCCCAUGCUCGAAAUUAUUCACGAACUACUUUUUAUACUAGGUCUCUUUUUAACUCACAGAAAUUAGUAUCGCAAAAUUAAGCCGCUUGUCCAUAGAAAUCACAAUAAGUUAAACAAUGAUAAACAAUAUCCAAUGUCUUUGAUAGCUUAAGAAUUUUGAGAUUUUCAAAAUCUCUAUUGACUCCCCUAAAAUUAUAGGUUUUAUUUAAAUAAAUCCCUUAAGGUACUAGUACAUUUUAGAAAGCUAAAAUUAAGAAUUUUUAUAAGAAUUUUUUUCUCAGCCCCUUUAUUAAAUAUGAACAUAAUCGUUGGGCCGAAAAGUUCGUAGGCGAACAUAGAAAGAAAUUGUUUUUUGAUAAAAUUUGAUUUUAUUAUUCAAUAUAGUUACCAUCGAGGACAAUACAACGAUCAUAGCGGUCAUGCAACUUUUCAAUACCAUUUUUAUAAUACAAUUUGUCUUUAGCCUCAGUUUCGGCGAUUACCUCUUCAUUUGUGCUAAAUUUCUUUCCAGCGAGCAUUCUUGAUGUCAGCGAACGGUGGUAGUCGCUGGGAGCCAUAUCUGGUGAAUACGGUGGCUGCAGAAGCAAUUCGAAGCUCAAUUUAUGAAUCUUUGCCAUCGAUUUCAUUGAUUUGUGACACAGUGCGUUGUCUUGAUGAAAGCACUUUCUUUUUCUUCAAAUGGAAUUUCAACCGUGCGAUGGUUAAAAUCUAUAUAGUGGCUCGGAAUCUUUCUCCCUUCAAUGUGACGUUCCGCCCCUUAUAGAAUCGAUUAUUGAUGGGAAGAUAUUAUUUAACUAUCCAAAAUAUUAUUUAAUUAUUUUCAGAAUUAUUUUCUUUCAAUGUUUAUUCAAAUAGAACUUAAACCCAUCUCAGAAUUUUUAAAUGCUUGAUGACGUCACAUUUAAAACGUGGCAACAUUGGUUUCCCCACUUUGACAGCCAAUGCUUAGUAGAGGGGUACGAAGGAUUCAGCUGUGAACGUGAGCCUUGGAUUGCCAUUGUUUCUCGAGUGUUCGGUCUGAAUCGUAGUGUGCGGGGUCAUUAGACUCAAUUAUUCACCUCUAAUUCUCAGUUCCAAAUUGAUUAAAUAUUACAAUAAAAGUAUAGUGAAGUUAUCCAGCAGCAGUGGAUUUGAAGAAUUUUAGAGCAUACUAUAUCCAAUGAGUUCUACCCCGGUAAAUACACAUUUUAUUAAGUAUUUUAUUCAGCCAUUUUGGAAGUCCUUGACAUUUGCUAACUAAGUUUCACAUAGUCUAUUUUCAUGGUUUUUAUGUUUUAUUUUCAUGGAUCAAACUCAUCUAGAGAUAAUUCAAUAUUCGUUGUUAAUUUGUGCUUCCAGUUGGAAAAUAGAGCUAAUUUAAACUCCAUUUUUUAUAUUCCUUUCAAGUCUACAGAACUCCUAUCUUUUGAACGAUGAUCAAAUAAGUAUCCAUCGCUUAGUCUUACUAUAUUUCAUCCUUGUAUAAUAUAUCUAUAUACCGGUGUAUAUAUUAUAAUAAAAUAUUCUUUCACAGUAAUUAUAUUUUGUAUUUCAAUUGGAAAUUACUUGUGUUAUUUGACCAAGGUCAUCUGAUAGCAACCUGAUAAAAGGUCAAGCUGUCUAGUCAUUCAAGUUUUUGGACUUAAUGACCUAUUUCUUCUUAUUCCCAUAGGAAUAAAAACACCUCCUCGUAUCUCUUGCUUCUUUUUUUUGACAUUGGUAGAUUGGUAGUAACACCACACUGUGUUUUUUUUAGCACCUACCAUGAAAUCUUAAAGCCACCCUACAACAACACCAAGGCCAGACCACACAGAGAGAAACAAUCAAUAGGCGACCAGCCUGGAUUAUUUCCACAUUUUCUUUUUUUGAGUACCUCCAGCUGCUUUCCAACAGUUUUGAGUACCUUCAGCUGCUUUCUACCAGUCUUCCUCUCCUGUACCUCCAGCAGGACAGCUGCUAGCGAGAGUUAGCACCCUUGGGUGCUCAUUACAUCAACUUCAAGAUUAGGAAAGAGUGGUUUGUUUGGGAACAUUUACUGUGCUCUUAUUAAAGACAGACUGGUUUUGUGAUAUUUAGUACAUUUUUUUUUUAUAGUUCAAUUGCACACACAUUUUUCCUGCUUUAUAUUUUUUAUAGGUUUUUUUUUUCUUUACAACAUAAUAUUUAAUUGAUAGCGUUCCCCAACACUCUGCAAUCUAUAAAGGUAUAAAUUUCUGAGCUCAGAUAUUUUCCCUGAUAAUAGUAGUCGGUACUCUUAUCUUGAUUAUUUUUAGGCUGUGUUCCACUUUUGUAUAAUUAUUUAAACUCAUUCCAUUAUUUUAGUAUAUGUUUAAUUAAAUUUUUAAAAAUUAACUUCACAUAUUAGUCAAAAUUGUAAUUAUUAACUUUAUUUAACUUGAACUUAUUAACUUUACUUAACUUUAACUUAUUAACUUUAUUUAACUUUAACUUUAAUUUAUUAAAUUCAUAUGAACUUCUGGAUUCUAAUCCCUCAGAUUAGUUUUUGGUUUCACUUGUUAUUAUUACUAUUAUAAACCACGAGUUAGGAAAAGGAUCUGUGUAUCCACUCGUAGGUUUAUUUAUUCAAUAAGGCUUGUGCCUGUCCCACUCACAGUGAGGUAUUUAUAUGUUAUAUAUAGUAUCAGGUAGUAUUUAAUUAAGGUGUACGUAUUAUAAACGUACAAUUAUUAUUUGGUGAGGGUUCUACUAACCUAGUUGUAAGUUGUACUUCCUGUAUUAGAGGUACCCGUAGUCAGUUUUUCUAACCUUAUAAAGAGUAUUCUUAGAUCAUAGUUGUAUGAUGAUUUUGUAAUUGACUUUCACUAGUAUCACUUUUUCCUGUCAUGUUAGAGUUACACACUAGUUACUUGUCCUAACUCAGAGAUUGUUAAAAAGAUCUAGUAGUUACAUUCAAUAAAUAUACAUUUAUUGUGAUUUUUUUUUCUUAUUACUCCUUUAUUUUUAGUAGUAUAUUUUAUAAUUUAAUAAUCUUUAAUAACUUUUCACAUACUUGUACUACAAAUUUAACAUACUCUAUAGCAGCGUAGAAUACCUGGAAGAGCGUUAACCUAGUUAUCCUUCUUCUGGCGCCCAAAAAUUCAUUCUAUUUUCAGUAUAUUAUUAUAUUUACUCUAUCUAUUUUCUGAACAUUAUCUUCAUAUCUUCUUUUCGAGCCAUCAUUGUCACUUCCUUUAAUCUAUUGUCUGGCCAAAAAUAGCCGUGCAAAUUGGCCGAAUCCUUCCUUGAGUGUCAAGUGGCCCUUCUCAUACAUAUUUAGCUAGCCAUUCAAGUUAUCUAUCUAUUAAUGAUUUCUCAUCUCUAGUCCUGUAUCAAUUCGAUAUUCUUUGUCUUGGCAUCCUUCCAUACAAAUACUACUACAAAGUUGUAUUUUAGUUACUCCAGCUUCUUCAACGGAGAAGCCACACAUUUUUGUCCUUUGGCUACAUUAAGUAGAUCUUCUUCUUUUUACUACUUCUGUUGGAGUUUACCACUCCCUUUUCAUUCACUCCAACAGAAAAUCAUCAGCGAGUUGUUACAUCGGCUUUCCAACGUGGUGGCUUUAUUUUUGGUCUGAGACAGUAUUCAUUUAGGUCAAUUCUUCUCUUUUAUCUGAAAUCUCUUUGUUAUUUCCGUUUGGUAUCCUAUACACAUAUUGUUACUUAUUUAUUUUAUUUUUAAUUUCUGAUACAUAUCAGGUAUUCUUAAACGCUGUUUUGAUUUUUGUUUAUAUUUUGGGACCUCAUUAUAGUAUAUGUUUGUGCAGCUUACAUUCUGGGUUAGAUUUUGAAUUUUUAUUGGGAACUUAUAUUUAAUAUUGCUAUUAAUAAUAUAAUUCAUAUAACAAUUUUAUUUCUUCAGUCAAUAGUGGUAUAGUUGGAGGUACAACUAAGUGUUGAUUAUUAUUAUUAUUAUUAUAGAUAUAUAUUUUUUCUAGAGUGGUGGUAAGUUACAUAUAAAUAAAAAAAUUUACUUCCAGUAUUUAGGUAGUAGGUUUACUUGAGUAUACAAUAUUUAUUGGAUUAUUUAUCCAUUUAUUUGAUCUUAUAUAUUUAUUUGAUCUUAUUUAUUAGAUUAUAUACUGCAUUAUAUAUAUAUUUUUUUUUUGCUGGCUAUUUUGAUUUUGUUGGUGUGUUGCUGAUAUUUUCUCGGUUUAUAUUAUAUAUAUUUUGCGUGCAAACUUUCAUAUUUUCAUAUUUUUCAUAUUUCUGUUCUUUGGAUUAUUUGUCAAUAACUUUGCUCUCAUCAUGUGUGCUUUUAAAGCUGAACAUCUUCUGGUGGAUGAAUUGGAUUAUGAAUUAAAGAUUCGGGACAUAAUGCCAGAGGAGUCGACAACUGUCGAUAAAAAACGCAAUCUUUUGAGAGGUGCUUUGAAACAAGAAGCUGGCAAUAGAAGUUUUCUCCAAAUUUCAGCUGUAUCCCUUCCUUUUGAGGAACAACAAAAAGGAAUCACUGAAACAUUGGACAGCUUGUCUAAAAAAAUCGAAAAGUUUAGGGGAGCUGUAAAGGAUACAGAGUAUGCGCGAUUAACAUCUCGUCUAGGCCAUAUUUCUGCCCGUGUACACUUGCUACACUGUCCUUCUGAAGAACAGGAACCGUUCAAGAGGUCUGUUUCUCUUAAAAUAUUAACACUAGAGGGUGAACUUGAUUCUAGAGUUAACCCCAUUGCUACCUCUACUCCUAAUGCUUCAGUCAAUGUACCUAGCUUUACGUACUCCAAACCUGUUCAAGUACACAAAUGGGGUAUUUCAUUUUCAGGUGAAAAACAGCACACUGAUGUGAUGUCAUUUUUAGAAAGGGUUGAAUGUCUUCGAAUAUCUAGAGGUGUUUCUGAAGAGGAUUUGUUUGCUGCUUCUGCUGAGUUGUUCACCGGGACCGCUUUUACAUGGUUUAUGAAUAACAGGGGUAAUUUUUCUUGUUGGUCUGAUCUGAUUAAAAAGUUGAAGUCGGAUUUUCUUCCGUAUUCAUUCCAGGAUGAUUUAUUAGAUCAAAUUAAGAAUCAUAAGCAGAAACCUGGGGAAUCUGUUACUAUGUUUAUUAAUACUAUAUUAGGUAUGUGUAGUCGUUUAGACACUCCUUUGUCAGAUUUAGCUAAAAUUAAAAUCAUCCUUAAAUGUCUAUUGCCCUUUUAUCAUCAACAAUUAGCUCUUAUGGACAUUCAGAACAUUGAUGACCUUACUAUAAAAUGCAAACGUUUGGAGGAAACGUUAUCCUGGUCUUCUCAACCUCCAUCCACAUCUCGAUCCUCUUCUAACUCUUCUUCUCAGCCAACUUCCUUUAGGCAACGUUCUUGGCUAAAUAAGGGUCAUGAACAUAAUGUUUCGGUUGUUAGUUCUCUUGUCUGCUGGAAUUGUGAUCAGCCUGGUCACCCAUUUUACAAUUGUGGGAUUCCUCAAAAUCGUAUUUUCUGCCAUGGUUGUGGCCGAGAGAACACCCUUAAAAGAAACUGUUCUAAGUGUUCGGGAAACGACACGUCGGAGGUCCGUCCCCUGAACGUUUCUCCGUCCAACAUCCAAUCAGGGAAUCAAACCCCAUCGUCAAACGAAACUGCUGGACCAAGCACAUCCAGCAACCCAAACCCAUCUUCACGAAAAGGGAAAGGGGUGUCGUUCAAGAAAGCAGCACACACCACAAAACAAAAUUAAACCAGAAAUUUAUUUCUAUAGAUAAUAC